GUAGCGAGUGGACGGUUGUACUGAGCGGGCGUCGGCAUGCGUCGACGGCGUGCUGUUCUUCCGAAUCUGGUCAGGAUUGUGGUGGACGAUGUGUAUUAUUGUAGAAGGUGGAGAGGCCCAGCAGCGUGGUGAAGCAGUUGGCUGCCGUGCACAAGGUGUUGCUGGACGCAGGGGAGUCCCUGAACGAGGUUGUGGCGCACCUCUCGCUGCUGUACGCGGCCGAAUCGGUCGUCACGGUGUUGUUCACGGGCCUGCUGACCGCUGGUCUCUUGCUGGACGACUCGCCCCUGCCGUUCUCCCCUGCGAUCCCUAUGAUUUACUUGCCCUUGUUGUGCAAUGUUUUCAACUUGUUGCUGGUCGUCUUUUGGUGCCACGACACUAUUUUGAAGGCCAACGGAUGUGCCCUGUUUCUUCACAGAUCCUUCAACAACAUAGAUGACCGUGAAACAAAGGAAAAGUUGCUGCUGUUCUCACAACAGCUGCUGGAUCGAAAGCUACAACUCACAUCCUCCAGAUGUUUUUCUAUGGAUGUCUCCUUUAUAUUUUCGGUAGCUGAGGUGGUGAGCUCCUAUAUGGUUGUACUGAUACAGGAGCAAUAUGAACCGACUAAGAGUCCAACACAGCAGGCAGUUACGAAAGAAAUACAACAUUCUGUCGACUAGCUCCACAGCCUACCAACUAGUGGGAGAAAUAGUUACUGCUACCUUUCUGUUCUUUAGCCAUCGACGAUUACAGAGCUUUGUGAGACUGCCUAGUUCAUUGUUCCCACUGAGUGUGAAUAUAUUAAAGAAGGCAAUUCAUAUUUGA